AUGCACAAAAGAACACAUACCGGAGAAAAACCCUAUGAAUGUAAUCAGUGUGGGAAAGCCUUUUCACAGCAUGGAAAUCUCGAAAUGCAUAAAAGAACACAUACUGGAGAGAAGCCCUACAAAUGUAAUCAGUGUGGGAAAGCCUUUUCACUACUCGGAAAUCUCGAAAAGCAUAAAAGAACACAUACUGGAGAGAAGCCCUAUGAAUGUUAUCAGUGUGGGAAAACAUUUUCACAAUUGAUUAGUCUCCAGAUUCAUAAAAGAACACAUACUGGAGAGAAACCCUAUAAAUGUAAUCAGUGUGGUAAAGCCUUUGCUUGUUGUAGUGGUCUCCAGAAACAUGAAAGAAUUCAUACUGGAGAGAAACCCUAUGAAUGUAAUCAGUGUGGUAAAGCCUUUACACAGUCCAAUGCUCUCCAAGUGCACAAAAGGACACAUAGUGGGGAGAAAACCUACGAAUGUAAUCAGUGUGGUAAAGCCUUUGCAAGCUACAGUAGUCUCCAAGUGCAUAAAAGGACACAUACUGGAGAGAAACCUUAUGAAUGUACUCAAUGUGGUAAAGCCUUUUCACACCUCUUUACACUCCAAGUGCAUAAAAGAACACAUACUGGAGAGAAACCCUAUGAAUGUAAUCACUGUGGUAAAGCCUUUGCACAGUCCAGUAAUUUCCAAGUGCACAAAAGGACACAUACUGGAGACAAACCUUAG